AUGGAUAUCCCAAAGGAAUUAGGUCAAUUGGCCCAUAAGGCCCAGGACUUGUACAUAGAAUUGUUGUCGGACAUCGAUGGAUCCGAAAAGAACUUGCAGAUAGCACUAUUUUUUGUAGUUUUCAACCCAACGUUCUGGAAUAUCGUGGCCCGUUUGGAAUACAGCACGCACUUCAUUACAAAGGUUGCGGGCUCUGCGAAACGCGGGUGCUACUUGCUGGCAUUCACGAUCUUUUCUCUGGGCAUAGUGCGCGACUACUUCUACCACCAAGCUCUCGGACUGCAAAAAACGUCUGCUGCGCUUGACAACGACAUCGUCAAGACCAUCGGUAUGGGUUUGAUUGGUGCCGGACAGGUGCUCGUGGUAACAUCUAUGUACCAAUUGGGCGUUACAGGUACCUAUUUGGGUGACUACUUUGGUAUUUUGAUGGACCAUAUUGUGACUUCUUUCCCCUUCAAUGUCAGCAACAAUCCCAUGUACCACGGCUCCACGCUUUCCUUCCUAGGAACCGCCCUAUACUACGGCAAAGCUGCCGGCGUUUUUGCCACACUAUUGGUGAACCUGAUGUACAACAUUGCUCAGCAAUUCGAGGAGCCUUUCACGGCCAAGAUCUACGCCAAAAGAGAUGCUGAAAGAGCUGAGAAGGCCACCAAAUCGCAGUAA